GAGAACUGGAACCAACUGGAAGAGAAGACAGAUCUUUUAUCUGUUCCUGAGAAACCAAACUCAAUAUUCCAUAUUGGGAAGAAAACUUCUUCUUUCCAAGUUAAAGGAUCGGAAAAUCUAGGAUCUAGUGUUUGGAGGGAAGCAAGAUGGGAAGAAACUACAGUGGAUUCAAGGGAAGAACAUCAUACAGAAGAACCACACAAAUUAGAAGAUAAAUAUUCUGCCAAAUUAAAAUGUCCACCGUCUAAAAAAACUAAGUGGUCAGCAUUUUUACAAGAGCCAGUUGUAGCUGAUUCUAGUGAUUUCGCCUCUUCUCUGAAUGAAAUCAGUUGUUCCUCUAACCCCUCCUUGAACCAUCUAAAAUCUUCUUCCCACUCUGAAACUGCUGGGAGCAGAGGAAGGGGGCAGAUUGGAGUAAACCCUCAAAAGAUAAAACCACCUAAAUUUAUUGGAAUGAGAAAGUCAGUUCCACAUCCUAAUGUUUUUAAACCCUUGAAAGGAAGUGAAAUAAAUGCUCCUGUAAACGGGAACAAAGUCUUUUCUUCCUUUUCUAAUUCUGAACAGACUCCUAGUUCAUCAAAAGUUUCGAUUGCUACAACUGAUUUCACAAAAAGAUUUUUAUUAAAUCGAAACUAAUUCAAUUUUUCUUCAAAAUUAAACAUGUAUGGCAUUUCAAAACUGAACAGCUCAAUCAAAGACUGGAUCCGCCUUCAUACAAAUUAGAACAUUUUUGAUUUUUGAAGUUUUGACCUUAGAGCAAAUGUGUUUUAAUAUACUGAAAUUUUAUUGUUUAUUAACUAAUAUGAACUUUAUAUUUUCAGUAAAAUGACAUUCAGUGGUAAAUUUAAAUUUAUGCCAAUGACUGAUAAGCCAGUCAUGUCCUCCACUGGAAACUCAAACAGUAUUCCUACAAUACUCAGCAUUGAUGUUCCAAAGGUGGAGAAAAAGAAAAGCAGGGAAGAAAAUGUUGAAUCCAGAAGACCUAGACCUGCUGAACAAGUUCCAGUUGUAAAUGAAAUUUCUGCCAAUUUAGCCAACCCGUCUCAGUCAACAUCAAACCAGGCACUUAGAGCUGCAUUCAGUUCUAGUGUAAGGUUUAGAUAUUCCAAAAGUAAUACGGGAAACAAAGGUAAAGGAAAGAAAUCUGUGAUCAAAAUUGGGGAUGAAAGGUUAAAAGUUGAAGGUGGACCAGAAGUAAAUGGUAAACAACAGAUGAACAGUGGUAGAGAGGUCGCCAAAAGAAGAAAUUCAGUCAUCUCAGAUCAGUUUGAAGAUGUCAUGAACCUUGUUAAGCAUGUCAUUGACAAUCCGUACAGUCCAUUUCGGCCAACUUUGGACAGCCAGUCAAAUCAGGACAGCAGGAAAGAUCAAGCUACCUGUUCAACAAAGGAAUAUAAAACCCCCAUAAGAAAACCCACACCAAGAAGAAUUGUAACUCCAGUACAGAGUAAGACACCAAUCAACCAUGAAUCAAAUGGCUGGUACGAUUCUCCUCCAAUGCUACCCAGCACUGAAGAAUUGAUAGGAAAUAUUUCAUUAAUCUAUCCUGGAAGUAGCUCUCAAAGAUAUGUAAGAAAGGCCCUGGAGUCUGUAGAUAAUUCAAAUUCUCCUAAGAAUAUCGCUGCCAUGCACAAAACCCCAGAUCGCAAUAUGGAACGAAGACCUCGCAAAAGAAAGAUAAGUGAACCUGUUAGAACGCUGAAAUACAUUACUUCAUUGGAGCAAGAGGAUGUUAAUUCAAACUGCAGUCUAAAACCUGAGGAUGAGAAUUAUGGUUCACAUAGAUCCUUCUCUAAUGCCCAAAGUUCACCUGAUGAAAGAUGUGGAGAGGAUAUUCUGUCCCCCGCCAAUGUACAGAUGAAAAGGAAAUCAAGCUUGGAGAACAUUCUUCCCUUAAAGGCUGAAAAGUGUCACUAUGAUAAUCAACAUUCCUGCCACAACCUUUGUGAUCAUAAAGGGAAUAAUGAGGGACAUAUUAACUCCUGUCCAAGUCUAGAGAAUAAGAAAGAAGGUCCCAAAGCUAAGAUCGAAGUUGACAUGGUUAAAACUACUAAGCAGAAUGAACUCAUAUCCACUGCAGCUUGCAUAUCUAUACGUAAAGGUAAGAAAGAGAACGUACCCCCAAAUGUAGAAGAUUCUGUCGGAUCACCUAAACAGAAACAAAAAGCUUUUGUAUUUUGGGAAAUAAAGAAAGAUGUGUCAGAAGCCGAGCGAAAGACCAUUCAAAAGAUAGUAUUUGAUUGCAAACUAAGACCUGAGUCUGAAAGCAGCUCUGACGAAGAAGACAGUGAAGAAGAGAUAGCUGAUAAAAAUGAUGAAAGAGAUGAGAUAGCUGAUAAAAAUGAGGAAAGAGAUGAGAUAGCUGAUAAAAAUGAGGAAAGAGAUAAUACAAGUAAUGUGGAGAAGGAAGCUGAUGAUAUCUUUGAAACAACUGAGGUGUCUACCAAGACAAAAAAUACAAGUCUUGCAUCUCAGAGUUCUACAAGGACUGAGGACAAUUUUAGUUCAGAGAGUAUUCAUUCACAGAUCAAGGAGAAUAGUUAUUUACCUCCUAAAUCAAUUAUUUCACAGGAACCCACAAACCCAGACAACUCAAGGGUCCUCAAAAACCUAAAGGAAUCAGAUCCUUUAGGGUUGAUGGAGACAACUGAUUCAUUCACAUCUAAUAGCUCAUUUCAGCAGCAAUCCAGUCAUUUGAUUCAGAAUUCUAAAGAAAAAUCGAGAUCUUCAGAAUAUACAAACAGUGUAACAAAAUCCCAGAAGAGUAUUGAAUUUAUUAGCCUAAAUGGGCAGAAAUCUCUCAAAGCCCAGAGCAGUGCUGAAACAACAGCAAAAGCUUUACUUGGUUCUCUAGAAAACAGAGAAGUCCCACGUAUAAAACCAAAGGACAGUCAUGAGAUAAUGGAAAAUGCAAGAAGCACAGAGGAGAAAGCAAUGGAAACAUUCAGAGAAGGGAUAAAUCAUCAAAAAGAGUUGACAAGACAAGACUUGCACACAAAAGAGGAGAACACUAGAUUUCAAGGAGAUACUGCCACUAAGAGAUCACCCACACCUGUUAUCUCUAAGCCCGGGAGCAAGAUAGUUAGUCUGAGAGCCAUCAAAAGUUCUCUAUCUGAUCAGACUCUGCCAAAGCCAGAGAUGAAAACCAACAUUAUUCGACUGCGCGGGGCAAACCAGUCCCCCCUCUAUCCUGAAAAGCAGGAUCGUCACAUCAACAUUGAUCCUGGGCUUAAAGGACAACAGUUGACUAGUAAACAAUCAUGUCCAGACAAGUAUCGAAAGAUUGUAUUUACAACUUCUGAGGAAGAAUCUGAGGGAGAGUUUAUUGAGGAGGAAAGAAGAGUUACGUUUAAAGAUGAUGAAGAAGAUGAAGAUACAGAAGAGGAAAUAAAGAAUAUGGUCAACACAGAAGAAGAAAAGGAGAUUAGUGAUAGAAAUGACAGUAUUGCACCAAGUUUAAGUCACAGAAAUAUGUUUGGGUGCCAAGUUUGCUCCAAGCUCUUCUGUUUGUACGAAGAUUGCUUACUCCAUCUUGAUCUGGAACAUUCUGAAGGGGUAUGCAAACAAGCAUCAAUAAGAAAGAACUCAAUUUUUAACUUGAAAGUAAGUAAAGUAAAACAUGAAAGGUAA